AUGCGACUAUUCAGGGUGUCUUUAUUCGCCCUUCCAUUAAGCUUGGGCCUAUCGACGUUAGCAUUCGCAAAUGAGCAAGGAAGCUCAAAUACAUGCACUGUCAAGGCCAACGGCCACCAGAAAGAUGAUGUCCCUAACAUCCUCAAAGCGUUCCGUCGAUGCGGUAAUGGUGGCACAAUUGUCUUCCCUGAAGAUCAAUCAUACUGGAUUGCAACACGCUUGAACCCUGUGGUAAAUGAUGUAACAAUUGAAUGGCGUGGAAAAUGGACAUUCUCAGAUGAUCUAGAUUAUUGGCGCAACAAUUCAUACCCCGUCGCAUUCCAAAACCACGCCGCCGGGUUUGUUAUCACGGGUCAGAAUAUCAGAAUUGAUGGAUAUGGUACUGGUGGAAUUGAUGGAAAUGGGAAUAAAUGGUACACUGCAGAGAAAGGCAAUACAAAACCCGGAAGACCAAUGCCUUUUGUGUUUUGGAAUGUAUCCGAUGUCAGUGUUGAAAAUUUCUACAUCAAGGAUCCCCAAUUGUGGAGUGUCAACAUUAUGAACGGAACCAACAUGCGUUUCAACAACAUCUACUGCAAUGCGACUGCAGUAGAUGCACCCUAUGGCGAGAAUUGGGUGCAAAAUACAGAUGGUUUCGAUACAAUGGACGUGGAGAACGUUCAACUUACGAAUUUUGUUUACCAAGGCGGCGAUGACUGCAUCGCAAUCAAGCCACGGUCAUACAAUGUCGACAUCCACAAUGUCACUUGCCGCGGUGGGAAUGGAAUUGCCAUUGGCAGUCUGGGCCAGUAUCUAGAGGACUCAAGUGUGAGGGAUAUCCGCAUCGACGGAGUCAAAGUGAUCCGAUAUAACGAGGACUUGCACAACACCGCCUACAUCAAAACGUGGGUUGGAGCUCUUGUGCCCCAGACUUCAUAUGAAAGUGCCGGACUCCCACGUGGAGGUGGCUGGGGUAGCAUUGAGAAUGUAUUGUUCUCAAACUUCGAAGUCUAUGGCGCUAAUGCGGGGCCUGCAAUCACGCAGGACAAUGGGAACAAUGGCUCUCUGUCAGGGACAAGCCUGAUGAGCAUUUCCAAUGUGGCGUUCGUGAAUUUCACUGGCUAUACGCAUGGUCCGUCGACGAAGGUUGCAUCUGUUUCCUGCUCGAAACUGCAUCCGUGCUACAAUAUUGACUUUGAUAAUGUUGUGCUUUACCCUGGGGAGAAUGCGACAACGCCGGGGGUUGGAUCUUGCAAACCCUAG